AUGAACAUUCAACCCAAAAUCGAACCCGGUUUACCAUUCGGGUUCACCUUCACGAACCCUAACAACUUCGAAGACAAGACGAUUCAAGAUCUCGUCGCUAUAUUGCGUGGAACGUAUCUAGUUGAAACUUUUAAUCGAGUUGAAGAUGUUUUGGUGAGUAGAGACGCGAGACUCAGAGAAGAGAUUCAACGGUUACAGGAGAAUGUUGAUUUGGAGAGACGAAAGAUUGAAGAGGAGCUUCACUUUGAGAGACUCACGAGGAUUCAGGGUGAGGUAGGUUUUAAGGAAAGGGAAGAAUUGCAUGAGAAAGAGAAAAGAAGAUUGCAGGAAAGUUAUGAAUCUUUGAUGAGGGAAGUUAAGGUAAAUGGUUUAGCGGAAGGGGUUAGGAUUAGAGAGCUGAGAGAGAAGAACAGUAAGUUGGAGUGUGAAGUUAAGAAAUUAAAGGAAAAAAGUGUUGAUGAUGGGAAUGAAAUUGAGAUGUUAAGAGUGAAGAAUGAUGGGUUAGAGUUAGAGGUUUUGGGGUUGAGGAAGAUGAAGGGAAAAUGGGAGGAAGAUAGUAAUGAACUCGGUGUGUUGAGGAAAUCGAAGAAAAAAUGGUUGGAUGAUAGUGUUGCGCUCGAUGAGGCUAAAAGGAAGGUUCGUGUGUUGGAGGAUGAUAAAUAUGCUAUGGAUAAACUUGAGAUUAAGAAAGAGGAAUUGGAGGGAUCAGUGAAGAAGAGUUUGGAAACUAUUAGUAAGUUGAGGAAAGAAAAGGGUGACUUGACGGAUGAGAAGAGACGGGUUGAGAAAUUGCUCGAGUCUUCGAGCGCGAAGUUUCGCGGACUGAAUGAACGAGUUGAAAGAUUGGAGAAUGAUAUUAGCUUUUUGCUGAGUGUUGAUGGUUCUGGUGAUAGAAAGAAUGAGGGGGGACGUACUGUGAAGCCCGUUGUUGUUGAUUUUGAAGAGAAAGAUGAAGAUUUUCGUGGCAACGAGUUUCGAAAUGACACUGUGGAGGAGGCUGAAGAUGUUCAACAUUCUCUUGGAGUUGCUGCUAGUACUCAGCCACGGAACAAAGGGGACAAGGAUGCUCAAGGUGCAUCACCAGGUGAAAAAUGUUGCAUAGUAUACAAAAGAAGGCUCAAGAAAACAAUUGAGGUGACAGGGUCUAGCGAAAGUAAGGGAACAAAGAAUUUGGAAAAGAAGAUUGAGAUCAUAAACCUCGAUGAUGAUGAUGAUGAUGAUCAGUGUAUGUAUCGAGGAGUACAUGAAAAGAAGGCUAUUUCUGGAAUUGCGAUGAAGUUUGAGGAUCCAACUCCAAGUUCUUCAGUAGCAUGGCAACAUGCAAAUCCACUUGACAUGGUAAAAAGAAAAAUUUCUUUUAGCGACAGUGAAAGCUCUAGUUCUUCCUCCGAUGAUUCAUCGUUUCUUGAUAAUCCUGCAAUAAGGUCUGCAGCAUCACCUGCUAAAAAGAGAAAAAUGUAG